CGCGCGACCCGCGUUCGCGCGCGAUGGGCGACUACGGGAGCCUCCCGCUGAUUCCCACGUCAUCGCCGGAGUUCGACAGGCUCCUGGUGGAGGAGGACGCGUCCGUGGACAUAGGCGGCGGCCCCAUGCACGCGCGCGGCGCGCCCGACCACCAUCCGUCGUCCUCGCGCGCCGGUUACGCCCCGCUCAACGCGCCCCACGCGCCGUUGCCGGACGAGGGCGCCGCCGAGCGCAUCGCGCAGCGGGUGUGCACGCCGCGAGGGGUCAUGAUCGCGGCGCUCUGCGCCGGCGCCUUCUACUUCGGGGGAGCGUCGGCCCGCGCGCCCGCCCCGGGGGGUUGGGGCGCGGCGCGCGUGGAUGGGGGAAACGCCGGCCUCGCAAUGGCGCGCGCGUCGUCUUCGCCCGAGGUCGGGGGAUGGGAGGGCAGGUACGCGCCGCGAGCCGCGCGCGUGCCCGAGGGCUUCCAGCAUCGUCACCGGACGCGCCUCGACGACGACGACGACGCGCCGUGGGCCCCGGGCGCCGCGAGAGAGCGUCACCGGAGGUGGACGACGACGACGACGACGGACGACGACGUUUUGGAUCCGGAUCCGCCCCGCCGUCGGCGCUCGGGGUCCAGGAGCCACGUUCCGCGGCGCGCGGGAAGCGCCGGACGCCGCGCGAGGGACGACGAGGACCGGCGCGGAUCCGUUCCGCCGUCGAGGGUUCGAUUGCCGUCGGGGACGAAGGAGACCCGGCGAGGCGGGGGGGAGACGCGAGACAAGAAUCAUCGGCUCGCGGCGAGGGUGGAUGGAAAGGAGGACACAGCCGGCGGCGACGCAGCCGGCGGGGGGUUCGACGAGCUCGAGCGGCGCAUCCGCGCCACCGUGUUCCAACCGUGAGACGCGUCAUCGCGUCGUCGUCAUUAGAUUUCCUAAUCUCAGUAGCAGUACUGCGUGAUGAUUGACGUCGCUCAUCCCGU